AUGUUUGACUCCACUAAUAGAGGGAGUUUCAGAAGAAAGGGAGAGAAAACCUACAGCUGUGAAUUGUGUGGAAAGUCUUUUACCGAGGCUAGACACUUAAAAAAACACCAACUCAUCCACAGUGGAGUUAAACCUUACAGCUGUGAAUUGUGUGGAAAGUCUUUUACCGAGGCUAGACACUUAAAAAAACACCAACUCAUCCACAGUGGAGUUAAACCUUACAGCUGUGACUUGUGUGGAAAGUCUUUUACCGAGGCUGGAAGCUUAAAAAAACACCAACUCAUCCACAGUGGAGUUAAACCUUACAGCUGUGACUUGUGUGGAAAGUCUUUUACCCAGGCUGGAAACUUAAAAAAACACCAACUCAUCCACAGUGGAGUUAAACCUUACAGCUGUGAGUUGUGUGGAAAGUCUUUUACCCAGGCUGGAGACUUAAAAAGACACCAAUUCUUCCACAGUGGAGUUAAAGCAUACAGCUGUGUCUUGUGUGGAAAGUCUUUUACCGAGGCUAGACACUUAAAAAAACACCAACUCAUCCACAGUGGAGUUAAACCUUACAGCUGUGACUUGUGUGGAAAGUCUUUUACCCAGGCUGGAAGCUUAAAAAAACACCAACUCAUCCACAGUGGAGUUAAACCUUACAGCUGUGAGUUGUGUGGAAAGUCUUUUACCCAGGCUGGACACUUAAAAAGACAUCAACUCUUCCACAGUGGAGUUAAAGCGUACAGCUGUGAGUUGUGUGGAAAGUCUUUUACCGAGGCUGGAGACUUAAAAACACACCAACUCAUCCACAGCGGAGUUAAACCUUACAGCUGUGACUUGUGUGGAAAGUCUUUUACCCAGGCUGGAAGCUUAAAAAAACACCAACUCAUCCACAGUGGAGUUAAACCUUACAGCUGUGACUUGUGUGGAAAGUCUUUUACCCAGGCUGGAAGCUUAAAAAAACACCAACUCAUCCACAGUGGAGUUAAACCUUACAGCUGUGAGUUGUGUGGAAAGUCUUUUACCCAGGCUGGAAACUUAAAAACACACCAACUCAUCCACAGCGGAUUUAAACCUUACAGCUGUGAGUUGUGUGGAAAGUCUUUUACCCAGGCUGGAGACUUAAAAAGACACCAACUCUUCCACAGUGGAGUUAAAGCGUACAGCUGUGACUUGUGUGGAAAGUCUUUUACCCAGGCUGGGCACUUAAAAAGACACCAACUCUUCCACAGCGGAUUUAAACCUUACAGCUGUGAGUUGUGUGGAAAGUCUUUUACCCAGGCUGGAGACUUAAAAAGACACCAACUCUUCCAUAGUGGAGUUAAAGCGCACAGCUGUGACUUGUGUGGAAAGUCUUUUACCCUGGCUAAAACCUUAAAAAGACACCAACUCAUCCACAAUGGAGUUAAACCUUUCAGCUGUGAGUUGUGUGGAAAGUCUUUUACCCAGGCUGGAGACUUAAAAAGACACCAACUCUUCCACAGUGGAUUUAAAGCGUACAACUGUCACUUGUGUGGAAAGUCUUUUACCCAGGCUGGACACUUAAAAAGACACCAACUCUUCCACAGCGCAUUUAAACCUUACAGCUGUGACUUGUGUGAAAAAUCUUUUACCCAGGCUGGAGACUUAAAAAGACACCAACUCUUCCACAGUGGAGUUAAACCUUACAGCUGUGACUUGUGUGGAAAGUCUUUUACCCUGGCUAAAACCUUAAAGACACACCAACUCAUCCACAUCAACAGGGAAACCACAUCAUUUGAUGGCUGGGUACCCAUCAUGAUCAACUUACCGGGUGGUGAAGACCCCACCCUCUCUGUCAGUACUCCGGUCCUCGUCAGUACCUUGCCUAUGGACAAACCAUUGAUCGGUUUCAAUGUCUUGGAACAGAUCAUUGAGGGGCAACUAGAGCAGUUGAUACCUACUCUUGUUACCUUGCUGUGUAAUGCCAUCUGUCUUCCCCCUGAGAAAGUGCUGUUUGAGGCUGAUGAGGGUAACCAGGCCCUAGAGCAGUUCGAUGUCUUGACGGGGUUAGUUGAAAUACAGAAUCCUAAGCCGUACAUCAUCAUUGCUCUGAGUAAUGACACCAAACAUGAUAUCACCUUGACAAGGAAGACGGCCCUGGGCAUAGCUGGACUGGCCAUCGGAUUCAGUAACAUUAGCAAGUGGUUGAGGCCAGCAGAUGCAACACGCUGGCAGGUGGAUGAUGGAAAGGCAGAAGGAGAAGAGACCCGAGGUGGUGAACUGAACUUCAGUCCAGCCCUGGCCCUGGGCACCUUACAGCCGGUUGAACGUAUUGUGGAGGUCGAGGCCUCAAACGAGUGCCCACCUGCAAUAACAGUUCGUGAGAUAAUGGUGGAGUCAGCUGGACCUCUCCCAAUGUCGUGGUAUCCGCCAGUGAAUCUUGAUCAUUUAGAGGAGGAACAAAAAGAGAUUGUCCAGAGAAUGUUGUUUGAUGAGUGCAGGGUCUUUGCGUGGGAUGGGAAUGAUAUUGGUUGUAAUGCUGAUCUGAAAAUGGUGAUAAACCUAAAGGAUGACAUACCAGUGCAGAGAGCAUAUACUUCCAUACCUAAGCUGCUGCUACGGGAGGUUAAAGAAUACGUGCAAGACAUCCUGAUGAAAGGAUGA